AUGCGUGUCUCUGUCCCCUCCAUCCCCGACGCCCUCCUCCGCGCUGCGGCGGCAUCCUCGUCGCCCCCAACGUCCCUCACAGCGGCCACCGCGCGUAUUGCCCGCUUUCUCGCCCCCGGAAACGUUGCCGUUGUAACUGGCGCAGGAGUCAGCGUCGACUCAGGCAUCAGGGCCUAUCGCGGCGCGAAGGGGAGGUAUCUGAAUCCAAAUUACAAGCCCAUCUUCUAUCAUGAACUCAUGGAUGCAUCCCCCAAGGGCGCCGCGUUCAGGCGGCGGUACUGGCUUCGUUCAUACCUCGGAUACCCACCCGUCCGCGAUGCAUUACCCAACACCACCCAUUAUGCACUGGCCGCUUUGCAAUAUGCUUCCGUAGUUCCCAAACUCAUCACCCAGAACGUCGACGGACUCCACCACAAGGCUCUCGCACACGUCUGGGACGAGCCUCGUUCAGAACGCGGCAUUCUCGAGCUGCAUGGGCGGCUACGCGCCGUACGCUGCGUUCAUGGCCACCUCACGGACAGGGACACGUUCCAGCAGUAUCUGUCCGCUGCGAAUCCACAGUGGAAGGCAUUCGCCGACGAGCUCGAAGCAACGGGCCAGCAACCCCGAACAAAUCCUGAUGGUGACGUCGUCCUCGAAGGUGUCCAAUACGACGACUUUACCGUCCCCGACUGCCCCGAGUGUCACGCUGAGCACCGAGUGAAUAAUAUCGUACGUCCCACAGACUACCACCCCUCCUCCCAGGCCCCACUCACACUCCGUGCGCUCGCACAGCACAAGCCGGAAGUGAUAUUUUUCGGCGAAUCUAUCACCAAGGACGUUCGCGACCGCUCGUUCCACGACAUCGAGAGCUGCGACAGACUCUUCCUGGUCGGGACCACGCUCGCGACCUUCUCGGCGUUCAGUGACACUGGCGCUGACGACCAUGCGGCCAGGCUGCUCAAGCACGCGCUCGACUGGCGCAAGCCCGUGCUGCUACUCAAUGUGGGCCCGAGUCGUGCAGACGCGCUGCCAGGCGUCGAGAAGAUCGAGGUCGCGAGCGGCGCGGUGAUGCGGGAUGUCGUGCGAACAGUGUUAGGCACCAGCUCGCUCCGGGAUCCCGUCAUCGCAGACAUGCUUCAGUGGGGCAUCGUCAAGCCCCCACCAGAAGAUGAAAAUGAGAUUGCACCCAGGGCCGUGGGAUAG